AUGGGUUUGUUAUACUUAGUUUUAGGGUCUUCUUUAAUGGUUUUAUUCUUAAAUAAAAAAGAUCAGUUAAUAGCUGUUGCAAAUUUAAUAGCUUUCUGAUCAAUUUACAGAAUGUCUAUAUGGUCUGGUCCCGGUAUUUCUUGGGAGUCUUAUAGUGAAUACUUAACUAGUGAUAUUUUCAGAUCCAGAAUGGUAACACUUACCUUUUGGGUAUGUGGUGUAAGAAUUUUAGCUAGGGGGUCUAUGGGAACACUGCGAGGAGACUACAAAAGGUUUGUGUGGUUAAUACUUCUACUUUGCAUUUUUUUGGUGGGUUGUUUUCUGGUAAAUAUGAUGUCUAUUUUUUAUGUACUGUUUGAAAGAACUUUAAUUCCGAUAGUAGCAAUUAUUGCCAUUUGGGGGCAGCAACCUGAGCGUAUUCCGGCAAUUCGUUAUAUCAGUGCCUAUACUGUUGGGGGCUCUCUUCCUUUGCUUUUUGUAAUCAUCUUCAUAGAGUGUGAGCUGGGGACAAGAUUUCUCUGGUUUACAACGCCUAAACUACACAUUGAUUGAUGGUUUUGAAUUAUAUGUUUUUCGGGAUUUUUAGUUAAAUUUCCUGCUUAUCCUGCUCAUACAUGGCUUCCUAAAGCUCAUGUGCAGGCUCCCGUUGGAGGUUCUAUUGUGUUAGCCGGAAUUCUCCUUAAGUUAGGGGGUUAUGGAAUUCUUCGAAUAAUAUCUGUGUUUUCUUAUAGACUAGAAAAAUUUGGAUUAUUGGUAAUUUCAUUUUCUUUAACUGGAAGAGUUUAUGCAGCUUUCAUAUGUUCGCGGCAAAGCGAUGUGAAAAAGAUAAUUGCAUACUCUUCAGUUUCCCACAUAGCAUUUUGUAUUAUUGGGUUGUUUAGCUGUUUAGAGGUCGGAUUAACUUCCGCCUUCAUUAUACUUAUGGGUCAUGGGUUUAUUUCUUCAGGACUUUUUGCUUUAUGUGGGAUAAGAAGAGAGUUAACUCACACUCGAAACUUAAAAAUAAUAAGUGGUGCUUGCCGUACUACUCCCAUUUUAACUUUUAUGUGGCUCGUUUUUAUUAUGAUAAACCUGGGGGUGCCUCCUUGUCCUACCAUUAUUAGGGAGGUUUUAGCAGUAGUGAGAGUGAUCUCUGUGGGACCUUGAAGCUUUUUGUUUCUGGUUGUUUACUUCUUUGCAAGGGGAGUUUACAGAUUCGCUUUAUAUUGUCAAUUAGCUCACGGACCAGUUCCAGAGGACGAUGUUGUUUUGUUUGAAGAGGUUACUCCGCGAGAUAUGCUUUCCGUGUUUUUUCUAUUUUACCCUUUAGUGGAGUUGUUGUUCAAAUGAGAUUUAUGAGGAAGCUUUUAA